AUGUCGUGGAAAGCUUCAGAGCGUCUGAUGGAUACUAUCCGUCACUAUGCUCGGUUUCCCGCCACUGGUGUCAGCUUGCGCCAGAUGGUCCAGUUCGGCGAGAAACCUUCAGUCGGAACCCUAUUCCGAGCUUCUCAGUUCUUGGCCGAGGAGCUUCCAAUCCGUCUAGCUCAUCGCGUGCAAGAGCUCGACGAGCUUCCGGAUGGCCUUAAUGAGAUGCCCUCUGUCAUUAAAGUCAAAGAUUGGUACGCUCAAUCGUUCGAGGAAAUCACACAACUACCUCGGCCACAGUUACCCUCGGAUAUCCGAAGCCGCCUCAUGAAACCCAGCAAAGCUAUCGGUCGCAAUGCUUUCCGCCUUCCUGCCGCAACCCCCAAUCCUUCUAUCGACGAGGGUGAAGCCGACGGUUGGGGCGGUCUUCAGAACGACAAUGGCAAAGCCAAGGCCGCUGCGCGCCGAUAUUUUGCUAUCGUUGACGACUCGAGCGACUGGCCCGCCGAUCUUCACCUGUACAACCAACGUUUUGCUCAGACUCUGCACCACAUCAAGCGCCGGCACGAUGGCGUCGUUACCACAAUGGCUCAAGGCAUCCUCGAAUACAAACGCCGUCGCCAGCGUAUGCAGAUUGACAGCACCAUCCAGUCCUUCCUCGACCGCUUCUACAUGUCUCGUAUCGGUAUCCGCAUGCUUAUCGGCCAGCACAUCGCAUUGACAGACCAGAGCCAUCAUCGCGACCCCACUUAUGUCGGUAUUAUUUGUACCAAGACCAAUGUCCAAGAUCUCGCCCAGGAAGCCAUUGAGAACGCCCGCUUUGUUUGUGAGGAUCACUACGGUCUUUUCGAAGCUCCCAAGGUCCAACUCGUCUGCAACCCCAACCUGAACUUUAUGUACGUUCCCGGUCAUCUGUCGCACAUGCUCUUCGAGACUCUCAAGAACUCUCUGCGCGCCGUUGUCGAAACGCAUGGUAUGGAGAAGCAAGCUUUCCCUGUUACAAAGGUUAUUGUUGCCGAAGGCAAGGAAGAUAUCACCAUCAAGAUCUCUGACGAAGGCGGUGGCAUCCCUCGAAGCGCUAUCCCUCUCGUUUGGACUUACAUGUACACCACUGUCGAUCGCACACCAAGUUUAGAUCCCGAUUUCGAUAAGAGCGACUUCAAGGCCCCGAUGGCUGGUUUUGGAUAUGGUCUACCCAUCUCACGUUUAUACGCGCGCUACUUCGGCGGUGACUUGAAACUCAUCAGUAUGGAAGGAUACGGCACCGACGUCUACCUCCACCUGAACCGUCUUUCAUCAUCCUCCGAACCUCUGCAAUAG